AUGACUUCCUCUUCUCAUGGUGUCGUGGCAUUACCGAUUUGGUCAGAGCCAACCACCACGCCUGGCCCGAAUCCUCUGAACAGACACACCAAUGAUAGAUUUAUCACCGUCAUUCGUUACCCUCGCCAGAUCGCCACGUCUGCGAUCUUCUCCCAUCCUGAAGAUGGCUCCGAUUCGGACCAUCGGACCAGUCCUUGGAUAGCGGACGAAGUUGGCUCAAAGAAUCAACAAGACGGCAAGGAGCAAAGCGAAGAACCCGCUCCUCACCGGAACGAUGCUGCUUCGAAUCAACCAGAAGACAUGAUGGAUUCAGUUCCGGAUGAAAUAAAAUCACAGCCUCGGUUUUGGAGUGAAGACCCUGCUACUUCCAAAGCUGCAGCCACCACCGGCCCACCCGCAAAGACCAAAAACACUGCCGUUACAAAGUCCACCAAAUCCGAAUGGGGCCUCGACAAGGGUUCCAUCGCGGCGGUCGUUAUUAUUUCAGUCUUGACCUUUGGCUGUCUCGCUUUCCUGGGAUAUUGGUACGUUGCGAGAGAGUGUAAAGUACGCCGUCGCCGUCGACUCCGUGCAAAUGACAACCCAUUCGACCAAUCGUCCCUCACACUGGGUGAAGAGACGAGCAAGGCACUGGACGAGUUCCUCAUGAAGGAUGUCGAGCCAGAGCGUACUUCCGUUAUGUUCAGUCGCAGUCGCUCGCCAUCAAUUGUCUACGCCGUGGACGAAGCCGAUCGUCGAAGUUCCAAGGUCUCGCGAAACAGCUACGAAGCGAGUCUCAACAGUAUACUCCGAAUGGACCCACUGUCUCGAGAAUCAGCAGACGGAGCAAGACCCAGCUUUAUAAUCUCAGAACUGACCGAUUCUUCGGGCUCGAAGACAGCCUCCAGUGGUUCCAAGACUGGUUCGAGCGGUUCGAAAACUGUCUCGAAGAGCAGUAGCUUGAGUGGUUCGAAGAGUGGUUCAACUGAUCCAACGAACAGUGACUCGACACCAGCCACAAUAAUACCAUCAACAUCAACCACAUCGCCCCGCGCAUCUCUACAGCUCUCACCGCGUGCAUCGGUGGGGUCAAGUAUACUACCUCCGACCACAAGAUCCUCGCAACUUUGGGCAACAACAUCAGCCGAGACGACGGAAAAGAGUUCUCUUCUCAGCGACGACCAGAGAAGCCCGCGCUCAUCGCUCUCAAGUUCCUACAGCUCAAAUCUCAUGCUACCCAGCUCGGUGAGCUCACUGGCUCCUUCUUAUUCCCGCUCCCAGCGGACGUCAAAUGGAUCCCAGUCUUCAGGUCGAUACUUUGUUCAGAAUCCCGUUCGCUCUAUGCCUCGCAUGAUCAACGAUUCCGGCCACUCUCGUCGCAAUCAUCAAAGGUCUUAUAGCAGUCGUUCUAUGACUAUCUCGCCCAUUGAGGAGUCUCCUGACUCUUUGGGUACUGCGCCACAAACGUCGAUAUUUCGGUUUUCUGAUACCUAA